AUGUGGAGCGUGGGAGUUCAUGGGAGCAGCAGCGCGUUCAGAGAGCAACAGCGGCUUCUAUUUGCUAUAGGAGGAGAGACUAGAACCGAGGAAGACAGAGCUAUGCAACGGCAAUUGCUGAUGGAGAUGACGACGGAUGGAAACUGCAGGGGCAUGGUUAUUGAGGAUCUCAACAACCGUGAAAGUUUGCUCGCCGUACGGGGAGCAGUUCACCAGACGUGUAUGGGCAACGCACUGCUAUUCAGAGCGCAUUUUAUUGUAGUGGCAUCUACACCAUCGAAUUGCAAGCUUGAGGAAGUCACAGCGCGUGUGGAGCAAGCACUUCUGACUUUGCAAUUCCAGCAGCUGGAUUUGUUGCUGCUUCAUGCACACUCUUUACCAGGAACAAACGGUUUAUUUGCUCGUAAGCAAGCAGUUCUAGAAGCGUGGGAGCACAUGAUGGCGAUCCAGCAAGCUGGGCUCGUGCAGCACAUUGGGAUCAGCGACUUAAGUGUACAAGACGUUGACUUUUUACUAACCGCAUACCCGAAUAGCAUACCACAAGCCUGGUUGAUGGAGAUACAACUACCAGGAAUGACAGCUUCUUCGGACAGUGAUGUACCGCUUGAAGACGUCAUUGCAUUCGCUCACAGCCAUGGUAUCGAUGUGCUGGGGCGAUUCCCCUUCUAUUGUUUAGAUAACCUCCAGUUAUAUGAAGAAUGGAAAUUGCUGGCGGAGAAUCUAUCUGAAAAAUAUCGCGAACGGCCGUUUAAAUUCCUCGUUGCUCAUGAGAAUGAAGGUACAGCAUCGUCAUAUCACAUGGAAUCCCACGCACUUGGUAACACCAAGGUGAUGCAAACUUCGCUUCAAAUUGCUGUGCGUUAUUUACUCCAAAAAGGUCUCGUUGUCAUCCCACAAGUUUUCAAUGACUUGCAGCCUGACAAUCAACACGAGCAAGCAGCACUGCGCGAGAUUUUCGGUCCGUUAGCACACCCAUUCACUGGGAUUCACCCCUCUUGUUCUCCACACAAAGUGCACUCCAGUUUGUUGACGCGCGAUGAUCUAACAGCAAUUGAUCGCGCGCUUCCGUUAACCACUGGGUUCCCACAACCCACACCUAUUAGCACAACUGGAGCAAGUCGACCUGGCUCCACACAAAAGCGACGAAUGAACCUGCCGGCAGUAAACCGCCUGCCAACCGCUGAUUGA